GUCAUUGUAGUCAGCAAGCAGUUUGCAGCAGUUUUGUAUCACACACCUUUUUGAAUCUGUUGGGAUGCUUAUCAUGUAAACUGGGAUUAGACAUACCACAUAAAUAGAGUCCAACAUUUCGUGUGUACAGUGUUUGAUUCCUAAGGGUACUGAUGCAUCACCCUGCCAAGGGAGCUAGGGUUUUAAAAAUGCAUUGCAGAGACCAGAAAGCCUUUCGUUUGAGGAAAUGCAGUUAUUCUGGUAGCACAAUACAUGUAGUUGUAUUAUACAUUGAAUCUAUGUCAUAUAAAUAUUUUGUUUGGUUUUUCACUGUAGCGAAUCCUACAUAUAGAUUUCAAACAUUGUGUUAUGUGGGAAGACAAAUAGGGCCAUUGCUCUAAUCUUUUCCUCACUGCAAUAUGUUUGGCCAUUUGAAAUCAACCAAGCAAGCGGUACUAUCGGAUUGUGCACUACCAAGAGUGUGGCAUCUGAGUGUUCGACCUUUUUCUGACAUUUUGCCACACCUCACCUGUUCACAAUGGACCUAAAACAUAUUAACAUAAUGAUGUAACGUAAUGUUUACUAUGGUGCAUUGUGGGUGGAAGGUGAGGCUGACAGUACGUCAUGCGCCAUUGCAACAGCAUUGUGCUCAUAGAAAAUUGUCAAAAAGCUCCUGAGAUUGGGAAGGCCUAUAUUUUCCAAAAUGGUUUGUGUUAACUGUUGUGUGCCAUUUUGUGUAUCAAGCAAAUGACGAAUGCCAGAGCUUCAUUUUUUCAAUCUUCCACGAGACCACAAGUGUGCUCCGUCUUAAGUCGCAGGAAGGCUUGCAUGACUGACAAUCAUGUCCACCAUCUUUGAUUUCUAGUAUCCUCACUUUCACCCACAAUGCACUACGAUCGUUUAUUUUCCAAGGAUCAUGAGUGGCUUCUAUCAGACGAUAGCAAGGAGACAGCUACAGUUGGAAUAAGUGACCAUGCCCAGGAAUCUCUAGGAGACAUUGUAUUUAUCGAACUGCCUGAUGUGGGAACAAAAAUAGCAAAAUCCGAACCCUUCGGUGUAGUGGAGAGUGUGAAGGCUGCUAGUGACCUGUAUGCCAUGAUUGACGGAGAGGUCACAGAGGUUAAUGAUGCCCUGGCACAGACGCCCGAACUUGUCAAUAGCGACCCCUUUGGAGCAGGAUGGAUGAUCAAAGUGAAGGUUGCAGAUUCAUCCCAACUCGAUGACCUGAUGACGGAAGAUGAGUACAAAACAUUCGUCGCUGAAUCCCAGAAUGACUAGCAGAGAGAGAGAGAGAAAAAAGAAAGACUGGCAGAUCUUCUGCAUUUUUGGUUGUAGAACUCUUAAUGUCCUGUGAGCAGUCAGGAAUGUGUAAUAGGAACAAAACCCCUGCAUGGAAGUUUUGAGCGCCCCCCAUCACCACUACCCCCACGAAAAAAAAUUUAAGCGAUAUUGCUAAUUGUUGAAUUUCUAUGCAAAGUAACACAAUUCAUGGCAUUUGUUCUAGUAGAGGAUUUAAAAGGUGAUUGGUACAUGUAUGUUGUCGGUAUUCACCAGUAUUCAGAUGUUUGCCAUCUGCAGGUGGAAUCUAGGAUGAGCACAUUUUCAGUUUCACCGAUUGUAGCCCUCGUUUUUGGGGGGUGAUAAAUUCCAGCUUUUUUCCUACCCACUGUUGGCAAACAAAAAUCCAUUACUUGGUUCUUGCCUUCAAAAUGAUUUUGGUGGCAUGAUUUUUUUUGUUUGGUUUGGUUUUUGUUCACUAUCUCCAUGUACAGACCCAACUAAAAACAACCAUUGGCUAUUCAAACUUCUUAAAUUACCCGGGCAGGUAAGUAAAAAUUUACCUUUUUGCAAAAGCACGAUUAUUGUGUAAUGUGGCAUCUAAUAAACAUGAAAGAUGCAUCUCAAAGGUUGCAGUUUUUAUUUCAGGAACUGUUCAAACAAAAUUUGGAGAGUUAGUCAUAAACAAAGGGUGGAACCUGUCACUGUUUCAAUGUUGAAUAAACUUCAAGAAAACGGUUUUGGAAAAAAAUUAACAAAAAUAGCCUCAAAAUGAAUUUUUUUGUUUUGCCUUUGGUUUGUUUUUAAUUGUAUAAUGGUUUUAAACCUAAGUUGUUCCUUCACAGGUGCUUGGUUUCCAAAUUUAACCAAAAUCAUUACAACUUUUAGAAUUGUAUAAACCUGUUGAACUAUUCUGCACAUCAGACCCAAGUCUAAAACUAUCUAAGGCUUUUAUACUUGAUCAUCUUUCUGUUUUAAUAGCAAUAGAUCAACUUAACAUGAAGUUUAGACCUGGGCCCAAUUUCAUGGCGCUGCCUACCGCAGAAUUCAGCACGUACAAUCUCCAUUCUGCACUAACUGUGCUAGCAGAAAAAUUCUGCGCUAACCUUUUAAGCACAGAAUCCUUAGUUAUGGGAUGUACGCAUGUGCACAAGCCCAAAUUCCUCACUUACCCGUGAAAUAUGUUCGCCAUGAGCUCCGACUUUUCACUUGGGGUAAGCAGCACCAUGAAAUUGGGCCCAGGACUGGUCGAUGUAGUUUUAUGACAGCGAGUGCUUGGACCUCGACUGAUAAAUUGUCCCCGUUUCCCUCUUCGAAAUUUACUUUCCUCAGAAACUGAGCAGUUAUUACUGAAAUUGAAUUCUAACAAAGUACAUAGUGAUACGUGCAGUUGUGCACAAAAGUUGAUGCCUGGAAACUUGGCCGUUAUCGAUGGGGCAGUGUUAAUGCCCCCUCCCCCCCAAAAAAAGCCAGGAAAAAGGGCGAAAGAAAAAAAUGAAACCAAAAACAGAGGAAAGGGAUGAAUAUCAAUAAUUUUCUUAAAAAUGCCUCAGAACUGGUUCCCUUCCACCGUUGUUGGUUUGUUAAUAUGCGGCAGAUGAGCGUUUGUCCUCGCACCCCUCCACCCCCCCAAAAAAUCUGGCGAUGACCAUGUCUCAAAGCCUCGUGCUCAGUUCUUGGUUGUUCACAACACAUGAUGGUUGAAACCCUUCCAAAAACCAUGCCAGCUGUGCAGUGAACAGCUUUAAGGGGCAACAUUUUUGUGACCACAAAGCAGACCGUAGUGUACGGUCCAGCUUCUGUCUUUUUCACAAAAUCUGCACAAAGGUCAAGUGUGUGGUACACGGAAACAAUGGACCUUUCCUAUGAAAUCAGCAAAUAAGGCCGGUGCAUGCACAUUACUAUCACUGGUUGGCAAAAUUGUUUAAAUCUAUGACGUAACAAUACAAAUCUCCAUGCGCGUGCAUCUAUGAGCACAUGUAUACACCACCUCUGUAAUCUUAUAGUUUGACAUGCCAUAAGUGCCGAACUUAAAGACAAGUAAUUGUUACUUUCCUACUUCAAAACACUGAAAUCUUCUCUUAGUUUUGAGAAGAGCAUGCGGAAGUAUUGGACAAAGGGUAUGGUUACAGCAGAUCUCCUCUCAACAGUGUUGACGGCCGCGCUUGCCAACCAGGGGUAACAGCACAUAUGCGCCGGUCUAAUUUGCAUAUUUCAUUGAAAGGUCCAUCGUGUAAGUUUUGCUGUGCAUGUGCAUUUCUGAACAUUAAAUAAAGGAAAAGCAAAACUGACAAAACGGUUGGAAAAACAAGACAGUUUAGUAAAUUUAUGUAAUGAUGCAGUUCGCUGCAAGCUUUAACGAGGCUCUAAUACCCUUGAUAAAUCUUGAUUUGCACUUCAAACUUCAAAGCCCCCAGAUGUAUGUGUCUGUCUGUGAGUGAACUACGUGGAGAGGACCCUUGUUCAUAGACGCACCCCCUUACAUCUGAGUGUAGUCCCCACCUAUAAAUGUACCUUUCAAGGGGUAGAAUUUCCUGAAACUCUAAUUCAGCAAACUUUCCCAAUUGGUAAUGGAAAUUGUCAUGGUACCAAAUUUUGUUAAAAUAUCCCAUAUAAAAGGCUAUGUGAACCCAAGAAAUUUAAUACCUUGUAACAUUUCUUUACUUCUCUCCGAUACUUGCAGUUUACAGUUUAUUUGUGGGUGUAUUAAAUCAAGAACUGGUAAGAGCCAACUUUCCUGGGGCUGCAUGUGUAAAAGUGCGUCAUUUUGUAAGUAGCAUUUACUACGGGUGAUUCACAAUAGUGCUCCACCAAGAGUUUGCAAUGCAUUGGCCAAUCACAACUCAUGAAAUUU